AUGUUUCAGAAAAUGAUCAAGAGAAUUUCCAAAAGAAAGGAUGCAGGGGGAUCUCCUUUCAUCAAAACGGUCAAGAUUUACCGUUCAGAGGCGCAAGUGAUAGAUGUCAAGAUGAUACUCGAUACCGGAUGCGAAGCCUAUAAUCUCAUAACAUAUCAAGUCGUUGAUAACAUGCACAAGGCCGAGGAGAUCAACGGCUCUGCGGAACUUAUCUGUAUCUGCCUCAACGGCGAGACCCUUGCCUCGAUGGGAACGAUCAACCUGCGCUGGAAGGGGCGCGGCUUCCGAAAGAUCUUUGAAACAACUUUCCACGUUAUUGGGGGAGAUAACAUGUCUUGGCAAGUCAUCCUCGGAGCCGAAACAAUAAAAAGGGAAUGCAUCUUGAAAUUUAUGGGCUUUGGGGGACGUACUAUCCUUCCCAAAAAGACAAAAGAUGAGCGAGCGAGAGAAGAUCAGCGGAGAAGAGAACAUGACGAAGAAGUCGCUAGAAAUGCUGCUGAGGUAGCUGCAAAUGAAAAUGCCAAAGGGUCGUCUGCAAGCUGGUCCAACUGGGAGUGGGACGAAAGUCGCCAGUCGUACUAUCGAGCGAGACUUAUUGGCAAUGCUUGGGAGUAUCAAUACUCCACCAACCCCACUUGAUCAACCAGGGGUCUUUCAGAAAAUUGUUCAGCGGGGAAAUUCUUUUCAUGGAUCUGUCAGGG